ACUUGGAACCACUUCAGUGUUAUUAUGACGUAUUCAGACAAUAUUUGCUAAUUGUCGAUUUUUCAAUCCAUGUUAUAUCGAGGAGUAGGUUCGCACGUAGAUGAAACUCACCGGUCGUAUUGCUUAUGCGUAUUACAUUCACUCAGAGGAACAUAUAGGAACAUAUAAGGAAUUAUAUACAUUGCAUUUCAUUAUAAGGUGUAUAUUUUAUAAUAUAACACGAUGGUAAAACCAAGUGUUUUUGCCAUUGACCCAGCCCAGCAGAAAGCGGCAGAGAAGGCGAAGGAAGCUGGUCAAACUGAGGUACCAAUCCCGACAGACAAGCUCGAAAAUGAACUCGCCGUCCAGACGCGAGAGGGCGCUAGAGGAGGCUGCUGUAGUUCCCUGAAGCGAUGGCAGAAGAUCACCAUGGGUGUGGUGACAGCACUGCUCCUUGUGGGAUGCAUCGGUUUCUUCACUCACAGGAUGCUGGUCAGGGGAGGCUGGUGUGGCAAUUCGUAUGGUGGAGGUCAUCACCGUUGGGAUAAGUUUCAGGCAGACCAUGGCGAUGAAAUGCGACCACCUCCUCCAAGAAAUGGUAGUGGUGGCCCUGGGGGCAACAGCGAAGAACAUCACCUCAACCGUGGUCCACCGGGACACUCAGGGGAGAAUAACGACGACCACCAUGGGCAUCAUGGUGGUAGCAGCGAAAACGAGGGGCAUCAUGGACCACCACACCACGGACACGGACCACACCAUGGACCACCGGGACACUCUGGAGAGAAUAACGAUCGCCCUCAUGGACAUGGUGGAAGCAGCGAACACGGCGGACCAGACCAUGGACCAAACCCUGGUCCAGACCACGGGCCUCGUGAUGAUGACCCCAUGGAAGAUGGCACAAUGUGAGAGGGAGGGCGCCCUCAUCGAUAGCUUACCAAACACACACAACUCACCUUCAGGUCGCACAUCAUUCCACUUUAAUAAAUUACCAGUUGCUCCCUUAAACUAUUUCAGUUCAAGGGGUAUUUUAUUUCUCAUAUGUCUAAUGAACAAUUCAAGAAUACAAUACAAAAACAUAGAGAAAAAAAUUGUACAUAAAAAUUGAAGUAAAUUGGCAAUAAUUCUUUGAUACAUAUACAAAAUAAAUAGAUUUAUUACACAUGAUGUAGAAAGCACGAUAAAUAAAUCACUAAAAAAGAGGCAGAGCUUGUAGAAAAUGUAAUGCCUCUGAGAAAAUAAAUUUCUAAGUCAUGUAGUCGAAAUAAGAUUGUAUAUAUAAAAUUGUUGACCAAUAUACAUUACCUUUAAGAAAAGAAAGUAGAACUAAAAGCAUAAGUUUUAAUUUUUUGCCAUUGCCAGUUGGUAUGGUAUGGCAGUACGCAGGAGGGAGGCAGGGGGUAGUUGCCCCCCCCCCCCCCGAAAUAUUGAUAACCCUCAUUUUUAUUUAAAAAACGCAAAAUCAACCAAAAGUGUGUCGCGAUAUCCUUCAGUUUCUUUUCAGAAAAUGCAAAGCACCCCUGACAAGCUCGGUUGCUUUGCUCCAUCGCUGUCCUGUUUUAUAAAAAAAAAAUUGUAUGCGUCUUUUUUCUCGCACUAUUCUAUUUUCUAUAAAUUUAGCUCUAGUAUCCGUCGCAUAUUCCUUAACUCAACGUAAUCAUCAUUUAGAAAUAUUUGAUCGUGCCUUCAACCAUGUUCUCUCAUUUGGCUGAAAGUGAGGAGAUUAUUCUUCAUAAAGUUUUUGCGUUAUCAUUAAAAAGAAAAAAAAAUCAACUUUAA